UGUGGUGUUUUGGAAAAAUUUAAAAAGAUUCGUGUUCUUGGCUUGAGGGAUUGUGCUAUCAGAGAGUUGCCUAAUAGUAUUGCCUCCCACAUGGCAUGAUGAAGUUGAUCAACUUGAGAAAACUUGAUGCGAGCAAACAUGUAGUAGAUAAGUUUAUUCACAAUAUAACAGAGGUUGGGAAACUUACUUCUCUUCAGAAUUUGUCUACUUUCAAAGUGCUAAAAGAUAAUGGACACAAACUUGCUGAAUUAAACAGGUUGAAACAGCUCCGGGGAAAACUUUGUAUAACUAAUCUUGAGAAUGUGGAGAACAAAGACGAAGCAAAUAUUGCUAGUUUGAACAGUAAAGAACACCUCAAUAGGUUGGAGCUAGAAUGGACAUUUUCACAAAAAUCCGGUUCAGAAGUUACUUUGCAAAUCUCAGAGCAGGUUCUUGAAGGUCUCCAGCCGCAUCACAACCUACAAUGGUUGACAAUCAGAGGAUACAAUGGUGCUAGACCUCCCAAUUGGCUACACGAACAAGUAUAUUCUAGAUUGGACACUCUCCAACUUCAAAAUUGUAAAAACUGGAACGAUCUAUUAGUUAUUGGGCAACUAUCACAGUUAAAGCAUCUCUGCCUUGUGAGAAUUCCGGUCCAAACCCAAAAUUUACACAAUUUGUUCAAUCCAAAACACUGCAAGUUUUUCUCCCAAUUAGAAGAAUUGGUACUAGAGGGCAUUACUAUGUUGGAGGAUCUCCCAAAUCUUGGACAACUUCCGUCUCUCAAGUCUCUUGACAUUCGGAGUUUGACGGGAGUGAAGAUGAUAGGCGAUAAAUUCUUUGCUGCAAUGGAAGAAGGUAGUUGUUUUCCUAAAUUACAUACUCUCCGUUUCAAUAGCAUGUCAGCAUGGGAAGAGUUCUAUUGUUCCGACGAUAGAAAUCUAUUUCCCUGUUUGGAUCUUUUGAAUAUUUCAAAUUGCCAAAAGCUGCUGAUGUUACCUAGCCUUCCGCCUUCAAUAACAUGCCUACAAUUAAAGAAUGUUGGGCUGGAAGAUUGUCCAAGAUUCUGGAAAGCAAUUGAUGAAGGUAGCAGCAUAACUAAUUCUGCAUCUGUUAUAGAGUUGUCCAUUCAGGAAUGUCCAAACUUGAAAAUUCUAGAAGAAGGGUUGCUAGCACACCAUCUACAGCAGAUUUAUAUACAUAAAUGUGAACAAUUGUCGUCGGUGCCAGUCAAAAGGUUGAAAGAACUCACCUCUUUAUGGUCAUUGUCAAUAACAGAGUGCCCGAAGCUCACGAGCAUGACACAAGAUGAGUGCAUUGAUUUCCAACUCCCGCCAUUAAUUACAGAACUAUGUUUGUAUGAUUGUGGAAAUCUUUCCAUUUCACUGCCUGGCUGCCUGCAUAACCUGUCCUCGUUGACUGUCUUGAUUAUAGGCAAAUGUUCAGAUCUAGUUUCUUUACCAAUACAACCAUUGUUUAAUUUGAAUCGUUUAAUAAUCGAGAAUUGCAAUGAGUUGAGAUCAGUAGGAGUACUAAAAAAAUCCCUCAAGAACUUGGAGAUUACAGGAUGUCCCAUGCUUCAACUUUCUCAAAGAGAGGCACAAACAGAGAAAUUGUUAUUGCGGAAGUUAGUGAUUGAUGACACAGCGUUUAUGCAACAAUUCCCCAUAAAAAAUUCACUAUCAUCUGUAGAACUUCUUAGCAUCUCAUCCUCUUGUGAAGCGGUGAUGUUUGAUGGGGAAGAUCAGGAGUCAUUGCAAAGCUUGACAUCUCUCCAACAAUUAAGUUUCUCCAAUUGCAAGAAUCUACAAUUCCUGCCAACAAAGUUGUACACCCUUACGUCCCUUCAGGUUUUGCAGAUACAUAAUUGCCCACAAAUUCAGUCUUUGCCAGAGAAGGGGUUACCUCCUGCCCUCAUAAAUAUAGACUUUCAUGGUUGCCAUCUGGCACUGGAGCAGCAAUUGGUAAUACACUUGGAGGAAAUUAAGAAGUCUGGUCGAUACGAUGGAAUAACUUACGUGUAGACACUUAAAGCCAUGGAGACCCACUCUCUUCCAUUUUACCAUUGGAUGAGAAUGUUAAUGUCGAGCUCGUAACAAUAUCCAUGGAGCCUGGAUAUACUCAGCGACAUACAGAACAGGAACAACCUCACAAAAGAGUUCCUGACGCUUUUGGAAGAGGACAAUGGGGGCGGAGGAGGAGGAGGACGACGAGGUUCGAGGGGCGUGGAGGCUGAAAGGCAAUCAAAGGGUCAACUCUGAUAAUUGAAAGUAUCUCGACAUCCUUAUUCUGUUCUUUUAGCUAGUCGUUUUGUUCAGGACUGCUGAUAAUUGGAAGUAUAGUUCAUCAGUCAAGCAAAUUAAAAUGUAACAACUUGAUAUAUUUUGUCUCAGUUUCAGUUUUUUGUCA